AGUUCCACUUGUGUGUUGUGCGUGUGUGUGUGUAUGAGAGAGAGAGAGAGAGAGAUUCAAAGGCAUAAUGGCAUCUUCACGUUACUUUGGCAGGACCCAAUGUCCUUUCACUUAUUGAAAGCCAUAUAUAUAUAUAUAUAUAUAUAUCGACGCCUACUCAUUCUAUUUAUAUAUGUGCCUAUACUUGGGAAUAACCAGCUGCCUCUUCUCCUCGCACAGAAAGUCAUGAAAGAUUCAAUGGAUUAUGUUGCUGAGAUCAAUGGGACUUGCUGAAGAAUUUGUUGGCACUUUGAUUCUUGACCUUAAGUGAGAAAUAUCCAAAUGUGUUAUGUCCGUUUACCUAAGAUUAUAACAGCAUGUCAAAACCAUGCCCUGCUCUGAAGUCAUUGUCCAAUAAAGUAGGCGGCAUGCUCUGCUGUCGUAAUUCACCCAACAAGUAUAAAAGGUUAGAUACGAAGCUUGAAAGGAAAAUGAUGGAGGUAAAGAAAAGUGCAUCGGGAAAUAACAUUUUCAAAUCAUUCAAUAGCAUAAUCUUGAGGUUCCCUCAGUUCAAAGAGGGACUGAAAGACAUCAGAGGCAUGUUUGAGCGGUAUGAUGAAGAUUCUAAUGGAACUAUUGACCGUGAGGAGCUCAAGAAAUGUUUGCAAAAACUGCAACUUUGUCCUACGGAAAAGGAAAUCGAUGAUCUUUUCCAUUCAUGUGACAUAGAUGGGAGUGAAGGGAUACAAUUCAAUGAGUUCAUUGUUCUUCUGUGUCUAAUUUAUCUCCUGAUAGAUCCUUCCACCUCUCCUCACAUGACAUCAAAGGUGGGUUCACCACAGCUUGAAGCAACCUUUGACACUAUAAUUGAAGCAUUCUUGUUUCUGGAUAAGAAUGGUGAUGGAAAGCUGAACAAGAAAGAUGUCGUCAAGGCAUUGAAUGAUGCUUCUCCAUGGGAGAAAUCCCCAUCACACGUUACUAGGACUCGAUUUAAAGAAAUGGAUUGCGACAGGAACGGGAAUGUCAGCUUCAGGGAGUUCCUCUUUGCUUUGAUCGAUUGGGUUGGGAUUGACACCGAUGAUGAAGUCCCUGCGACAGAAAGUUAAAUUGAGUGCAGGAUAGCAUAGAAAUGGAGCAUUGAAUCAGUGUGAAGUGAAACCAGAUUGAUACCUUUAUGUUUCUGUACAUUAUCUAAAAAUAUUGCUGUUCUGUAGAACCUGAACUUUCCAGCGAAAGGAAAAAAACAUUAUGCAUCAUUUAUCUAUAUUUCAUUGUUUUAUUUCUCAAAUGAGUUUCAUUGUAUUCCUAGAGCUUGGAUUCUCCUAAUCAGUGACAGCAUAAAAAGCAUUUCUUUGUUUCCA